AUGCACACGGCCAGUGUCUCACAAAUUGGUCUUGGCAUCGGCUCUUUCCUUCUGUGCGUGUUGGCUUUGUUCGCGUGCGCAAGCCAUUCAAGAACACGGUGGCGAAAAUGGAAAUCUUGCUAUGUGUUCGGAAAUCGAGAGCCCGUCAUCCAACUCAAUCACGAGGACGUGAUCACGGGUUACCAUUAUGGAGAAGCUGACCCGAGUGCAUAUAGUGGUGAGGUUAGCACGUUGUGGAAGAAGAAUAUAUUAAUGGGGGGCAAGUGUCAGCUGCCCGAUUUCUCGGGUGUUAUUAUUUACGAUUCUGUUGGGAACGUAGUCGAUACUGGUAAAAGCAAGCCCAAACUUCCAUGGAAAUGA